GUCCACUGCACGCAUGCACGUCAGUCGCUCACGUCCGCUUGCAGCCAGCGGCCAUGUCUGCGGCUGUCGUCUGUUUGUUCGUCUGUCUGUGUGUCGUCGUGAUUCCAGGAGGAUGUAACCGGCGGCAGAACGGCAAAACAACGGGCCUGACAAAAUCAAACAGAAGAAUAGAUAGGCUGGUAUUGGAGGGUAAUCACGUGACCUCCAAAAGGCCGAGUCAGCGGAAACACAAGCCAGGGUCAGAUAGUACAAAAGUACGUCAUGCUGUUCGUGGAAAAUCUAAAAAGAAUAAGAACAAGGCAAACGUGAAAACAACCGCAAGUGAAGUGGCUGAUUAUAAUUUUCGUGCAUCAAUACGGCUCCGCAGCAGUAAAGAGUCCCUGAGCUCUGGUCUGGUGGAGGUCUACAGAGCCGGCAGGUGGGGCUACGUCUGUGACGACAACUGGGACCUCCAGGACGGCAACGUGGCAUGUCGACAGCUGGGCUUUAUCAACGGAGCAGAGUUCGCUGGGGGAGAAGAACAACCGCGUAAGAAGAAACGGAAGCCUUUAGAGUUUGUGCUAGACAACGUUCAGUGCUCCGGCCAGGAGAGGACGCUACAAGCGUGUAAUCACCAGGCAACACGCUCGUGCUCUUCCAAUACCCCGGCGGCUGUUGCGUGUAUACUAAAUACCGGUUGUCCCAACGGCUGGCUGGCCUACCGUGACAAAUGCUUCAAGCUACUCCAACCAAGCGCGGGAACUCAGGGAAUCAGAGAAGCGGAAGUGACGUGUAGCAAACACAACGCCACCUUGGCCAGCAUCCAAUCGGCUGAGGAGAAUCACUUUGUGUCAGCCAUCAUCAAGAACCUUAAUCCAGAUCAGCAUCAGUGGUACACAUCAGGGCGCAGGAUCAAAUCCAAGUGGAGCUGGGUCCAGACUGCUUCUCUAGAGGGCGAAAGGAAAUACACCAGGCAGCCCCUCAACGUGUCCUUGUGGUUUCCAGGCUGGACUGGGGUGGGGCCCAAGAACGCCGAACCCACAGAGCGGGGCCCGCUGGACUGCCUGACCCUGUCUGACCAGUACCCCGGCCCAGACAACUUGACCCAGACUGUGGACUAUUUCUUCUGGAAGGCUGUGACGUGUCACACGUCUGCUGGCGUAGUCUGUCAGACCAACACUAGAGCGAGUACAGACUGCUAUACCGAUGAUGGCAGCUCUUAUAGGGGCGUGGCUAGGGUGACAGAAACCGGAAGUUGGUGCCUCAACUGGGCGGGGUCUCCGCAAGUAAAUGAUAGGACACACCCAGGGAAGGGUCUAGGUAACCAUAGCAACUGCCGGAACCCUGACCACGAGAGCAGGCCCUGGUGCUGGACUGACCACGCCCAGAAAAAAUAUGGAUACUGUCGGUUAGAAGAAUGUUCUAGAGUCUCCACGACGCCAGACGGAGCUACGGAUACUGCAAAAGGUCAGAGUGCUAGGUCAGAGGUCAAUUGUAAGAACAAGGAGUUUUACUGUAAAGAAGAAAACACGUGUAUCCCGUUGUCCUACAAGUGUGACGGAGAAAUAGAUUGUUCACAUGGGGAGGAUGAAUACAACUGUGCCGCCACCCCAGCCCCCACCCCUGCCCCCACCCCAGACGUCAGACGAUGUGGAAAAAUCCAACCUCUCAUAUCCAGUCGAGUUGUUGGAGGAACCAGUGCCAUCUACGGUUCCCAUCCAUGGCAGGCCAGAGUGGCCAAUUCCACAUCAGGGCUGCUCUGUGGAGCUGUGGUCAUCAACAGAUUCUGGCUGCUGACCGCUGCUCACUGCUUCUACGACAAACCCAACCCGAGGGUGUACAAAGUCUGGGCAGGAGAUCACAACAGUAACAACACAGACGGUUGGGAGCAGAGGCGGGACAUUGAGGAGGUCAUCUUACAUGAGGACUACAAUCACACCAGCAAAAACAACGACAUCGCCCUCAUCCGAGUCUCCCCAGCCCUAGAAUACAACCCCUACGUCCAGCCAGCCUGCCUGCCUGAAAGUGCCGACAGCUACCAAGAAAACGUCGACUGCGUCAUAUCCGGUUGGGGCAACGUAAACAAAACGCCCUCUUUCGGUAAAGUUCCAGCCCAUUACCCAGACACUCUGAGACAAGCCAAGGUGCGAAUCGUCAACGACGCCGAGUGUUUAAUGUUGAGUAACUUUCAACCAGAGACCAUGGUGUGUGCUGGGAAUGUCUCAGGGGGCGUGGACAGCUGCGAUGGGGACAGUGGGGGUCCACUGAUGUGUCUUGUGCAAGGUUAUCACACAGUCCUGGGCAUUACGUCCUGGGGUAUAGGAUGUGCUCACGAGUUAUACCCCGGCAUAUAUGUUCGGGUCCACAGCUUUUUAGACUGGAUUUCUCGCACCAUCGCCAGCUGGAGAGCGGACGUACAAGAAAAACAAAUGUAUUGGAGAAAGUUGAAAUAAAUUACACGGCAUUCAAGAAUACGGUUUAAAAUUAAAUUAUACUUUACUAGUAUCACAAAUAGAAUUUUUUUUCCAUCAUUGCAUUUUACUUGCUUGCCAGAUUUAUAAUUUUAAAGAUUCUCAGCAAGUAACGCUCGUUUUUUUUAUUGUUGAAGCUUUCUAUUUGUAGGUAGAUAAACUAUUUGAGAUACUCUACCGCUAGGCUUGGUAGCUUUUCGUAUUUUGGCCUCAAUGGAGCCCACUUCCCCACUGCUAGGUCUAUGACCAUUAUCUAGCGCACCCCUACCCCUACUAUUAGGUCUAUGACAGGGGUCGGCAACCUGCGGCUCGCGAGCCGCAUGCGGCUCUUUUGAUAUCAAGAUGCGGCUCUCCAGCUCCUUGAACAAAUACUAAUAAUCUUAAUAAAAAAAUAAGAUAUUUGAAAUAAAAAAUAUGUUGGUGGCUCUUUAAAACCAGGGAAAUUUUGAAAAUUUUAACUUUUGGCUCUUCCGCUUCAAAAGGUUGCCGACCCCUGGUCUAUGACCAUUAUCUAGCGCACUCCCUCCCUUUUAUUAAAGAAAGCAAAUUAGAUUUAUUUUCUUAUUUUCAGUGCUUUUAAAAGCUUGUUGCUAUUAUAAAGGUUUUUUGUUUAUAUUUUUUCUCAUUGGUGUAAGCUUUAAUCAUUUGACAUACGUAAAAAUUGUAUAUCAAAUUGUUUUAAUUUCUAUAUACGGUGAGGUCAUUUGUUAAGGUAGCACGACACGGAAGG